UGAACCCUAAAUGUCUGAAUCCCUAAUCCCAUCCCUUCGCCCUUCGCACUUUCAUUUCACUUUCAUAGUUCAACACUUCAGCUCCACCAUUCUCAUCAAGGUUCAGAGAGACAUAGGGAACGCCAUCACGCUCCGUCGCGCCGUCAGCUCCGUCGCGCACUCUCGGGCCUCUCGCCGGAUCCUCCGCGUCGUGUGCUCGCAUCUCGCCUCUCUCCUCUGUGCUUGGCUGCUUGCGCCUCCCUCCGCCAGUGAGUGCUCGAGCUGUGCGAGUUGGUUGUUGCUCGUCGUCCGUGGUUGUCUCUGCUUGAUUCUGCCUCCCAGUGUCACUCGAGUCUCGUCUCAGUCACUGGCAUCUCAUGGUUCGCCUGUCUCGUCGCCGGCGGCAGAAGCAAUUCGUGGGGUUGUCCCUUGCGUCGUCGCCUUCCUUCUGGUGGUCGUUGACUCGCCGUCGACCGUUGGUUCAGUGUUGGCUUCAACUUUCAAAUGGGAAUUAGGAGCUGGUGAAGAUAACAACAUCUUCUGGAAUUGAGUCUGUUGUUUCACUGCCUGAUGAGAAAGUAAGAUAUGAUCUAAAAUUACAAUAGUACACAGUGAUAUUUUUUCCAUUUGGCUGGACUCAGUGAGACAACUGGGAAAUAUUCUUGUUUGGUCUGAUUAACUAACUUCAAUAUUUAACCUUGUAAAUCAUAUCUUGUACAAUUCAGACAACCUUGUUAAU